UCUACGCAUUUUCAAAUCUGCGUAUAAAUGCUACGUGUUAAGAAAAGGCUAUCAUAUGAAUGAACCGAGAAUUCGAACUCAGACCAAAAUGGUCCUGAUGAAAAAAAUAUACAUAUGUGUCUUCCUUGUUUCGUUUUUGGUUGGUGAAACUACUCAAGAACCUGGGAUAUGUUUUUAUGGAGAAGAAGCAUGGACACAGGCAAAGGAUUAUUUCACACAACCAUCAACUUGCCAUGAAGGAAGACCUAUUGACUGUAAUGAUAUUCCUGGCAAAUGUCCAAGUGGAGUAUAUAAGGUGUUUCCAAAGCAAACACAAGGAAUUGAUGUUUAUUGUGAAAUGAAUUUAGACGAAGGACACUGGACGGUUUUUCAAAGACGAGAAAAUGGCUAUGUUGACUUUUACCGCGGAUGGAAUGACUACAAAUCAGGAUUUGGGAACCCGAAGAAUGAGUUUUGGCUCGGCAACGAAAAUUUGCACUCUCUAACAUCACAACACAACUAUGAAAUGAGGAUCGAUUUAAUCGAUUUCGAUGGAAACGCGGCAUUUGCAAAAUAUAAAGUUUUUGCAAUUGGAGAUGAGAGUUCGAAGUUCAAACUAACCGUAAAUGGAUAUCAUGGCACUGCAGGUAACAGCAUGGAAUACCACAGCGGCCAUGGUUUCUCAACAAAGGAUAGCGAUAACGAUAACCAUUCUAGUCACUGUGCUUUAGUGUAUUCUGGAGCCUGGUGGUUUAAUGCCUGUGUAAAAGCUGAUCUAAAUGGUCAGUAUUUUCUGAAGACACCAGACUCCGCCCAUCGAGGUGUUUACUGGCGUGCCUGGAAAGGAUCAAACUAUUCUUUGAAAGGCUCAUUGAUGAUGAUACGUAGAGUGUCAAUUUAGAAUUCACACAUUAUAAGAAUUUUGAAUAAAUUAUUAGUAUUGUGUA